CCCUGCUGGUGGCGCGAGCAAGGUCACACGGUGAGCGCGCCGCUCCUCAAACCCUGCCGCAGCCGCCUCGCGCCGCACUCCGCACACUGUCGCACAGCCAUGGCGGACAGCGCGAGCGAGAGCGACACCGACGGAGCGGGCAGCAGCUCCGCCACCCCGAUGUCGUCCUCCUCCGCCUCCAACUCGGGCAAACCGAGCAUCGUCAUCUCGCAGUUUCGUCUGGAGGAGCUGACGAACCGGCUGGCCUCCCUGCAGCAGGAGAAUAAAGUUCUUAAAAUCGAGCUGGAGACGUUCAAACUCAAGUGCAAAGCGCUGCAGGAGGAGAACAGGGACCUCCGCAAAGCUAGCGUCACCAUUCAAGCCAGAGCGGAGCAGGAGGAAGAGUUUAUCAGCAACACCUUGUUCAAGAAGAUCCAGGCCCUACAGAAGGAGAAGGAGACUUUGGCGGUCAACUAUGAGAAGGAGGAAGAAUUUCUCACCAAUGAACUGUCAAGGAAACUCAUGCAUCUCCAGCAUGAGAAGGCAGAGUUGGAGCAGCACCUGGAGCAGGAGCAGGAGUUCCAGGUUAACAAGCUCAUGAAAAAGAUAAAGAAAAUGGAGAACGAAACCAUCUCCAAGCAGCUAACCCUGGAACAGUUGAGGCGGGAGAAGAUCGAUCUUGAGAACACAUUAGAGCAGGAACAAGAAGCGCUGGUCAACAGACUGUGGAAACGGAUGGACAAACUGGAGGCUGAGAAAAGAAUCCUCCAAGAGAAGUUGGACCAGCCCGUUUCAGCUCCUCCCUCCCCAAGAGACGUUUCCAUGGAGAUAGACUCGCCAGAGAACAUGAUGCGGCAUAUCCGUUUCCUGAAGAAUGAGGUGGAGAGGCUUAAGAAAAGCUUGCGCACCACCGAGCUGCAACACACAGAGAAGCGAGCCCAGUACAUAGAGGAGGAGCGACACAUGAGGGAGGAGAACAUCCGGCUGCAAAGAAAGCUUCAGAGAGAAAUGGAGCGCAGGGAGGCCCUGUGCAGACAACUGUCAGAGAGCGAAUCCAGUCUGGAGAUGGACGAUGAGAGGUACUUCAACGAGAUGUCUGCACAGGGCUUGCGAGCAAGGACUGUGUCGAGCCCCAUCCCCUACACCCCGUCCCCCAGCUCCAGCCGACCCAUAUCUCCUGGUCUCUCAUAUGGCAGCCACACAGUCGGCUUCACUCCACCAGCUACGCUGUCCAGAGCUGCCAUCUCCCACUACAACACCCCCGCCCUGCACGUCCACGGAAGCUCCUCUCAUGCCGUAGCUAGGCCCUCUCCACGAAGAAGCACCAGCCCCGACAAAUUCAAACGUCCAACGCCCCAAACUCCCUCCCCCCGGGGUUACGCAUCAGGGGCCCAGCAGGCUCAGCCUCCGUUACCCCCCCCAGCCCAGCCCAUGGUCCAGUCCAUGUCCUCCCCGGCAGCUAUGUCAGGGGCCCAGCACGCCGUUACCCCCCAGCCCAGCCCAGCCCAGUCCAUGUCCUCCCAGCCUUAA